AUGCCUGUCACCUUGGAGAAUGGGACACCGCUGAAGUGUUACCACAAGAAGUUUCGCAGCCCGACCCGUGACGUGAUUUUCCGUGUGCAGUUCCACACGUGUGCCGUGCAUGACCUUGACGUCGUCUUUGGCAAGGAGGACCUGGACGAGGCCUUCAGAGAUGACCGCUUCCCUGAGUAUGGGAAGGUGGAGUUUGUGUUCUCCUAUGGCCCUGAGAAGAUCCAAGGCAUGGAGCACCUGGAGAAUGGGCCCAGUGUCUCUGUGGACUACAACACGUCUGACCCGCUUAUCCGGUGGGAUUCCUAUGAGAACUUCAACAUCCAGCGUGAGGAGAGCACGGAGGGUGCCUGGGCUGAGCCACCCCUGCCUGGCAAGCACCUGGAGAAAGAGGUUGGGCACACACAAGGGCCUCUGGACGGGAGCCUCUACGCUAAAGUGAAGAAGAAAGACUCCCUCCACGGCAGCACCAGCGCUGUCAACGCCACCCGCCUCCCGCUCUCGGCAGCGCCGAACCACGUCGAGCACACGCUCCCGGAAGGCGGCCUGGAGAGCCACAGCCCCAGCGUCUCCAGCUGCAGCCCCCAGCCCAGCCCACUGCAGCCCGUGCCCCCGCACAGCCACAGCAUGCCGGAAUUCCCUCGGGCGCCUUCCCGCCGGGAGAUUGAGCAGUCCAUCGAAGCGCUCGAUGUCCUCAUGCUGGACCUUGCACCCACUGUCCACAAGUCACAGAGCGUGCCUGCUGCCUCCCGCCAGGAGAAGCCGGCGGGGCCCCUGCUCUCCUCCCUCUCAACUCAGCCCAUUGCUGGUCUCUAUGCUCGGCCGACUCCACAAGUGGUCCAGCCGAGGACCUUCAGCAGUUCUGUGAGCCCUGUGGUCUCCGAGCCUGGGGGCAAAGCCUGUUCUCCUGGUGAGCCGGACUAUGGGGUGCGUGAAUACCGGGAAACCUACUCACCCUACACCUACCAGCCAGCACCAGUGCUGGAGCCAAGGAGCUACAGCCAUGCCCCGGCUGGAGAGCCAGCAGGCAUCCUCCCACUCAGCACUUCCUACAGCCCUGGGGGGUCUCAGCAGCUCCUCGUGUCCUCGCCGCCGUCCCCCACCGUCCUGCCACAAACCCAGAUGCCCCCCAAGGGACUGGACAGCUACGAAGACCUGUCGAGGUCAGCAGAAGAGCCCUUGAAUCUGGAGGGCCUGGUGGCCCACAGGGUGGCAGGGGUGCAGAACCGGGAGAAGCCACUGGAGGAGAGCACCGUCCCUGGCCGCAGGAGGACUCCCAGUGACAGCCACUAUGAGAAGAGCUCGCCUGAGCCCAGCUCGCCCCGCAGCCCCACCGUCCUCUCACCUGAGGUGGUUAACACCAUCGCGGCCAAUCCCGGAGGGAGGCCCAAAGAGCCUCACCUCCACAGCUACAAGGAAGCCUUUGAAGAAAUGGAGGGUGCCUCCCCCACCAGCCCACCCUCCAGCGGCGUGCGUUCUCCCCCUGGCCUGGCCAAGACCCCACUCUCAGCACUGGGGCUGAAACCCCACAACCCAGCCGAGAUCUUGCUGCAUCCAGUGGGAGAGCCCAGGAGCUACGUUGAGUCAGUGGCCCGCACAGCCACGACAGGCAGGGGAGGGACCCUGCCUGCCACCCAGCCCGGGGGCCCAGAGGUGCCUGCUAGGAAUGGCACCUUUGCCAACUCCUUCACUGCCCCCAGCCCCAUCUCUACCAGCAGCCCUAUUCACAGCGUGGACGGGGCAUCUCUCCGCAGCUACCCAUCAGAGGGUAGCCCCCACAGUACGGUUACACCUCCCCACACCUCGGCUGAGCCUAUUUAUCGAUCACCUGUUGGCUCGCAGGUGCCCUCUGCUCACAGCAGCUACCAAAACUCGUCUCCGUCUUCCUUUGCAAUGCCCUGA